AGCAACAGUCACCCGAAAUUUCAUUCUGACAUCGUUUGGAUUGUAAAAAAAUGUUCGGCCAGGUUCUUUCAGUAUUUGCAUCCUUUUGGAUAUUUUCUGCCAUUGCUGCGCCAAUGGAGAUGGAAGAGGGCGGUAUGAUGCCAGUGGAUAAUUUGACUCAGUCCUGUCUUGGAAAUUUGUUACCAGAAGAGCUUAAACCUCACUACAACACUUGCAUGGAAAAUAUGGGAGAAGUGGAGAAAGUUGAAGAACUUCUUCUGUGCGUCUUGAAAGCUCAUGGAUUGGUGCCCGAGACCGAGGAAGAAUCCAUACCGGCUUUCCCGAUGGUGGAAGUUGCUGAGGCUGAGCCCCAAGAGGAGCCUUUCGUAAUGGCUCACCAGGAAUGUUUAGCAACCGAAGACGUGAUCAAGGGAAAGAUUGAUAUGCUGAUGUCGUGUCUCAUAGAGAAAUUGAAGAUGAAAUGUGCCUCCAUGAACGAGGAGGAAAUGAUGGAGGAAGCAGUAGCUGAAAAAUGAAAUGAAGCUCCGAAGCCUGAGUUUUGGAGUAAAUCAAUGUAGAAAACACAUGUAGUUUUAAAUAAAAGACUCUUAUACCGA